UUGUUGAAAAAAUUGUUCAAUAUAUCAUUAAAGAGAAAGUUGGAGUAUUAAAAUUGGCAAAAGGAAACAAUUAUAAUGAUAAAGAAGCUAAUCAUAUAGAUAAAAUAACAGAGAAAUUGAUAGAAUGUAUAAAAAAUUUUGGAAUGAGUUUAGUAAAGUCGGGUGUACAAAUAAAUGAUUCUUGUAUCCUAUGUGAUCAGAUAAAAACUUUAUCUGACUUUAAUACAAAUACAACAGCAUCAAAAGACGAAAUAGCAGCAAUGUUAAAAUUGUUAUAUUCGUUAGAAGAAAUGGUGGUAAAUGCUACUAAAUGA